AUGGUGUCUGCGGGGGAAAGGAAGAAAAGACCCCAAAAGGGGAAGAGACCCCAACCAAGGGGAGCAGCCCAGAAAAGGACGCGUCAGAAGACUCCGAGCAGGAGACCCCCGGCCAAGAAGGUGAAGUUCCAUGGGAAGACCAAGCCAAGACCCAAACAGCGGCAGAAGAAGAGGUCCUCCAGCCCUUCCUUCGACCCCAGCAAGAUGCUCAGGCAGGACGGCAGGCUCCUGUCCCGCGAGGCCAAAGCUCUGAUGGUGGCUUUCCUAAAGGACGUCUGCAGGAGGGUGGAGAGCGAAGCGGAGCGGCUGCGGAAGGAGAGCCAACGUCCCAUGGUGGGACCCACCCACGUGCGGGCCGCCCUGCACCACGUCAUGCCCAAGAACUGGAAGCGCGCGGCCGGCGGGCGGUAA